CAAAGAUGAAUUCCCAAGAAGAAUCUAGCACGAGUUUUCAAAAAAAUAUAUAUACGGAUGAAAGUGAUAGUGAUAAUAAUAGUGACGAUAUCAUUCCUUCUACAAACACAUUAAUCAGUCCUAAUAAAAAAAGAAAUAAAGGUAAAACAAGUUUUGUGUGGAAGUAUUUUGAAGUAAUUGGAUCGAAAGAUAUAUGCCAAGUUGUAGUUAAAAAAAAAGGAAAAGACCAAAAAUGUGGGAAAGAGUAUAUUCACAAUAAUUCAACAUCAAAUAUGAUCGCUCACCUACAAUCGCACAAUAUCGUGGAUAGCAAAAAACUAAAGUCUGAAUUACAGAAAAAACGACAAACAACAUUACCUGAGAUGAUAAAAUCCAAUACUCCACAUAGAG